AUAUCACGUUCAAAUCAAACUUCAAAGCAGAGGAUGAACAUCUAAUGUUGUUAGUUCGAAUGUUUUGAAGUUUUUUUACAAAUCCAACGAAUGUUUUUGCUUUACUAACAUAUAUCAUUAACAUCUAUAAAGUACAAGCAUGUAUUUGAAUGUGUUGAUGAUUCUACCGCGUGUUGCGCAACAAAAUAUUUUGAACUGUAGGUCAAUAAGUGGUUCGCGAUGUUGUUAUCAAAACUUGGAAAGUAAAUACUCGGAAAGUCAAAAAGUGAAAAUACUAAAUGUAAUUAAUGAUGAUUCUCAAACAUUGUCAAGGUAUUUGUUAAAUAAGUUUGAUAUAGCAAAGUCAAGAUUAAAAAAGUUUAAACAAUGGAAAACAAGCAAUGGUCAAGUGAAUACCCUAUCUGAUUUAUCUUUAAUAGAAGGUUUCACAGACAAGACAGCUAAGAAACUCUGUGACAGUAUAUUAAAUGGACCCACUGAAGAAGUUGAACAAAUAUCAAAUAAAAUAAAAGGUCAAAUAUUACAUCCAAAUUUGAAAGAAAGUACUAUUAAAGACUGUAAAACAGUAUUGACAGUAUAUAUAUCUGUUAAUUCAGUUUGUUGGACGCUUAUAAACAAAAAUUAUUAUGAAGUUGUGGAGUGGCAGUAUUAUGGUAUUGAUUACCCCGAAGGAAAGAAGAUUCAGAUCACAGAUAUAUUUGAUAUUGCAUGGCGUAUAACGCAGCGGUUACCGGUCGCUGACAUUUAUGUGAUGAAAGCUGAAGCUACCACUUUGCGAGCGGCCGGUAGCGAUCCGAACAAUCCUAAAGUAUUGGCUGUAAAUCUUCAGAAAGCUCAAAUGGUCUCUAUGAUUGUUGCAUUGAUUAACGCACGAGGACACAGAAGUGACGAUGACGAUGGUAAAUUGAAACAGAUUGUUUAUUUUUUGAGGCCCACAUUACCCUACAGGUUACACGGAACUUUAGUUGGAAACGAAAGAGUGUCGACUGAUCAAACCGUCGAAAUGUUACUUCAGGAGAGCAGUGGUAAAUCAACAGGCAACAAACACGUCUACGUGCCGGAGGAAGUGAAAAACAUGUUCAGGACACAGAACGAACUACAGAAGGACAUGUUGGGACAUUGUCUGUUACUUAGUUUGACUUUUAUGGAUUUGUGUGUUUACAAGAACAAGGAGCGCAUCGCGAAAUUAAUUAAGAGGACUUCUUGAUGUGCCUCUUACUAGAUUAGAGAAUAAACUUAAUUAAUUGUAACGAGG